CCGGAGGAGAUUUGAGUCAAAAUGUCUGAACGCUUCGACUGCACGGAGUGUAAGGAGUCCCUGUACGGGCAGAAGUACAUCCUGAAGGACGAAAACCCGUACUGCGUCAAGUGCUACGAGGCACAUUUCUCCAGCACCUGCGAGGCGUGCCAAGUGCUCAUUCGCUGCACCAACAAGGAUCUGUCGUACAAGGACCGCCACUGGCACAGCGAGUGCUUCCUCUGCUGUACGUGCAAACGAUCUCUGGUGGAUCGGCCUUUCGCCACCAAGGACGACAUGCUGAUGUGCACCGAGUGCUACAGCAACGAGUACUCUGCCAAGUGCCAUGCGUGCCUGAAGACCAUCAUGCCAGGCACGAAGAAGAUGGAGCAUAAGGGCAACAGUUGGCAUGAGAAUUGCUUCACCUGCAACCGUUGCCAGCAGCCCAUUGGCACCAGGAGCUUCGUGCAGAAGGAAGCCAACAACUACUGCCUGCCCUGCUACGAGAAGCAGUUCGCUCAGCAGUGCUUCCAGUGCAAGAAGCCAAUCACCACCGGAGGAGUGAGCUACCGUGACCAGCCCUGGCAUAAGGAGUGCUUCGUUUGCACCGCGUGCAAGCAGCAGCUGGCCGGCCAGCGGUUCACCUCCCGGGACGACUUCGCCUACUGCCUCGACUGCUUCUGCAACCUGUUUGCCAAGAAAUGUGCUUACUGCACCACCCCGAUCAGCGGUCUCGGGGGCAGUAAGUACAUCUCCUUUGAGCAGCGCCAGUGGCACAACGACUGCUUCAACUGCAAGAGGUGCUGCGUGUCUCUGGUCGGCCGAGGCUUCCUGACGUGCAAAGACGACAUCCUCUGCCCCGACUGCAGCAAAGACAUCUGAGCGAUCUCCAAGCCGGAGAAGAGUCGGUGCCGAUCAGACAGCGCUGGCAGCUUUUUUCUAACCUGACCUUUUGUUGCAUAACCUGUAUCAUUUAUUGGUUUCUCACACAUUAAUCAGUUCUUGCUGCUGAAGUGUUUUGUGCAUACGCUGAUGAUACGCUGUGGAGAACAUCAAUGAAAACCAGAGUUUUUUCAAAUCAAUUCAGGAUGAGCAAGUUAUCACAUUCUGUUUUGUUUGUUUUACACGGCGUCACAGCUUUUUGGAAUUGGGUUUGUAAAAUAAUUGAAGACUUCAUUCUGAAAUGUUGCCUCUGUUUUGCUGAAAAAACCUUUUAAGAAAGAUUCCCAUCUGGAAAGCAAAACUUUUGUCAGUGACGUUUAAUGCUUUCAUGCCAUAAAAUGUCUUAUUUUGGAUUAAACUGUGUGCCAUCAAAAUAAUCACAUUCAGUAUUUUACAGCGUAUUAAGAGCAUGUUGAGUUGUUUUUACUGGAGCUAAUUUAAUACUACUAAUAUGGUUUAUUCUAAUUGCAUAAAUCCUGCUUAAUAAAAUCUUGAAAAAACCUUCUAUUGAGCCAAAUAAAGCUUUUUGAACUUGAUAAAUGCUUAUUAGGUUAUCAUCAAUGAUGGGACUCAUCAUGGAAGCAAUAUUUUUAUGUCAAAGCAAAUGUCUUAUAUCCCAAAG